AUGGAAAAUGAGAUCAAUAAAGGUAAGCAAAAGAUUGAGUUGAAGUUCAUUGAGUCUGAGAGAGCACGCGCUAUAAGUUUUUCCAAAAGGAAAAAAACCUUGUUCCAAGAUGUAGAAAACUUUGCAAAUCGGAGUGGAGAUGAAGUUGGCGUUAUGCUUUUUGCACUAGGUGGAAAACAAUUUUCUUGUGGUUCUACAAGUAUUGAAGAUAUAAUUGACAAGUUUUUAAAAGGGAAACUAGAGGAUCGCCAAUGUGAUCAUGCUGAGGGCAAAUCAAUUAGAUUUGAGGAACUUGAAGAAAUACCUCCAGAUAAACACAUGGAGGAGCAGAGGGUGGCAAAGUUGUUGCGGGUAAAGAAAAUUUUAAAUGAAACAAAAAGUGCUAUUUUGGGUGAGCAUUUCAAGUUUGAUUUAAAUGUUGUCCCUCAGUCAGAAGAAGAUGAGAGUUCUUGA